GAGGGAGAGAGAUGUGGGGGGGGGGGGUAAAGAGGGCGCUUGUUUCAGUUUGCAGCGAUCGCUCAUCCAGGAGCCUGUUCCACUCAGGGAUAUUUGGAUUUCUCAGUCUGGAUGCUGUAGCUCAGGGGUCGGGCUCUCUCUGACUUCCUCGUGUGUUUGCGUGGCGGCCGUGUGUGUGUGUGUGUGUGUGUGUGAGGACGCUGCGUGUCUGGCAUGCAGACAUGGGCCCCUCGCUGCGCUCUAGGAUUACUUUCUGCCUGGCCAUCACCUUGGCUCAGGUGAUCGCUGUGACCUGCCAAGAAGAUACCAAGAAAGACAGCAGGGCUCCUCCCACUCAGGUGGUGAACCAGGUGGCGCAACUCGUCUCCUCCGGCGGACACGCCGCUCGGCUCUACGAUCUGCUGGGAGACGUUGACAUCGACAGCAUCAUCGUGAAAGCGAGGCAGCACGACGAGUUUUUCCCGCCUUUCCGGGCCCUCGUUACGGACAUUUUACAGAUUCUGGGACUCAGACGACUGGAUGACAUCCUCCCAGCUCUGAAGUCUUUGAAACAAACAGCACAAUGAUGUGUUUGUGUUUUUUGUGAACUGUGACGAUUUUGUUAAUUUUGUUUUUAUGUCAAACUUUAAGUGAGUGAGAUCAGUAAAUCUGUUUUCUAUAAAUCCACAUCUUUUGUAACGAGCCUCUUUAUUUGGCAUGAAAAAUGCCAAUUAACCUAAAGCUGGAUUGAGGGAGGCAGCCGGAGAGAACCCAUGCCGCCCCGUCACAAAGUCAUAGUAUAGUGAGGCUGUUACAAGAAAAAUGUUUUAAUAAAAAAAGGGUGCCUACCUACAAACCAACUGAACAGAAGAACAAUUGAUCAGAAGGUGAAGGACUCCCUGAAUCUUGUAUGUGUUUGAUGUGAGUGCAGUAUUUAUUCCCACAAAGAGUAGAGAGCAGAGUUGUGGGUUGAUCCAAUGAAUGUACAAUAGGAGUCACCCACCUC